AUGGGUGCUGAAGAUGCGAAUAUGUUGGUGGCCGUCGAAUUCGAGGUCUUCGGCCAGGUUCAAGGUUGUUUCUUCACUAAAUAUUGCAAAGAAUUAGCCGAGGAGCUCGGUAUCUGCGGCUGGAUUAAGAACACGAAGAAUGGGACAAUCGUUGGGAAGAUACAAGGCACAAAACUACAUGUGGACCAAAUGAUCCACUGGUUAAGCAACACAGGUUCUCCUGGCUGCAAGAUUCAGAAAUGCGAUCUCAACAACUGGCAAUAUUUGUCGAGGCUCGAUUACAACAACUUCAGUAUACGUUUCUGA